AUGGAGGAAAUGAAGAACCCAUGCGACUUGACGCUCAUCGAUGGCGAAUUUUUUUUUUCAAGACUUGACACCUCGACUGAACCAGCGGAGUUCCAAAUUCCAACGAUACAUGCCGAUAUAUCUUCGAGUCUUGCAGUCUGCCAUGCGAACGAUAAUUUUUUUUUUGGAUAUCUAAUCUGUGGAUCAAGGCAUGAUCCUCCGGGACCACGGCUAGCUGAUAGAAUCAUAUCGUCAAUGAUACUGUCUGUCCAGAAUGACGAUUUCGCUGUAACAAUCCUGGACGUUGCAGGUAUCCCUGCAAGGCAAAUCGUUCCGAAAGGUGCUCCAAAGUCAGACGCCGGAGGAUUGGGAUCAGCUCGCAGGUCACUGAUGUUCGAUGCAUCGCGAUGCUAUCAUUAUGGGGCCAGAGAUGACCGGUAUAAACUCAUGAACUGGUAUAUCAUCUUGCAAAUCGCUUGA